CACCCAUAUCCGAACGGAGCCGGUUUAAAGAGGAGUCUCACCUUCCCGGCUACGCUGUUAUCACCGAGAAACACACCGGCGUACCAAGAACAGCCGGACGCAUUGGGACAUAUCCGCUGCUAUUGGUCAAGACUUCCCGGACUGCUAUUAAAGUGCGUGAAGAGGCGCGCUGGGACACACAGCAGCCAGCGAAAUACGGAGAGCUAAGAGAUACAAAACUGUUGUGGAGGAUAUUCAAAUUGUUUUGGAUUUAUCUAAGAGUUUGGUUUUGCCGUACACACCAAAGCUGGGGGAACAGACUGGAACUCAGCUCAAUUCCCAGCGAAGCUUUACAGUUUUCGCCACAAUAAUUGCAUUUCGGAAGACUUGCUUGCAACUUGGAAAGAAAAGAAGAAAAAAAACCGCUGCAAGGAGAUUUAAAUAAGGAGAUCAAGCAAAAAAGAGAAAAGCCACUCUGCAGUGUUAGUCGAUUUCCUGCGGGGACGUUCUCAUGAAAUCGACCGGACUUGGUUUUAUUCUGACGCCCGGAGGACGCACGGAAGAGUUAAUAGACAGAAAGCUCUGAAUGCUGCCUUCCAAGAGACGAUAGUCGAAGCGACGGAUUCCGCUUCCUCCUCCUAAACCCUUUCUUCAUCCCGACUCUUGCUCGUCUUGUCUUCCCUCCCUCCUCCCUUCCCGUCCCUUCCCCCCCGCCGUCUCCGAGCACAGGUUAUCGAAUGGACCAGCAUCCUAGCGCCCGGAGCUGCACCAGUCGCGGGACUUCGUCCUGCGAGGCCGUCCCGGCUGAACCCUCCAUGAAUCUGUACAUCCACUCCACCACCGGCACACGCUUCGAGCUCUCCCUGCCCCAGGAGGAGACCGUGGAGGGACUGAAGAGAAGGCUCUCGCAAAGACUCAAAGUACCCAAAGAGAGACUCGCUCUGCUGCACAAAGAAACGCGACUAAGUUCAGGCAAACUCCAGGAUCUAGGCAUCUCUGAUGGGAGCAAGUUAACACUUGUACCAACAGUCGAAGCAGGAUUAAUGUCUCAGGCAUCAAGACCAGAGCAGUCAGUAAUGCAAGCCUUGGAGAGUCUAACAGAAACUCAGGUCAGUGACUUCCUGUCCGGCCGCUCCCCGCUCACCCUGGCACUGCGUGUAGGGGACCACAUGAUGUUCGUUCAGCUUCAGUUGGCAGCACAGCAAUCUGGGGGUCCCCAGCUCCAGCACCGGCACCUUAUCAGCCGGGGAAACACAGAGGCCGCCACAGGACAGCCCACAGUGCAGCCAUCCCGAGUUCCCCACAUUCACCCGCUCUCCCCCCACCACCACCCCCAGCAACCACACAAUCACCCUAGCCCCCAACCUGUCCCUUCCUCCUCCUCUUCCUCAGGCUCACCUUCCUUCCCAUUGCCAAACACGCACCACCAGCCGCUCCCUCCUAUGUACCACCAGUCGCCCUCCUCCCCUCACUGUAGCCCCCCUACUCCGCCACCCCACUCCCCUCGCCCAUCUCACAUCCCCGGGGGACUUUUCCGCUCUCCGUCUCAUCAACACCAUCAUCAUCAUCAUCACCAUCACCACUACCACCAGCCCUCCUCCAGUCAACCCAGCCAUGACAUUGGCCAGGUCAGCCCUGUAGCCCCGGUUGUGUGCCCUGAGGCUAACUGCAGCACCAACAGCCCUGGCAGUGGCUCUAGUCCUUCAGCACGCUCACGAAAACCUGGAGCCAUUAUUGAGAGCUUUGUCAACCAUGCUCCCGGAGUCUUCUCAGGGACCUUUUCAGGCACUUUGCACCCUAACUGCCAAGACAGCAAUGGGCGUCCAAGACGUGAUAUCGGUACCAUCCUGCAGAUCCUCAACGACCUCCUGAGUGCCACUCGGCACUACCAGGGCAUGCCCCCCUCCCUCACCCAGCUCCGUUACCAGACUCAGUGUGGGUCGCCCACCUCCCCAUCCCCCUCACCACCUCCUUCACCCCCAGUUGCUGGGAUGACGGGCCUCUCUGCCAAAGCUACCUCUGUGCCUGCUGGCAGCCCUCCUCCAACUCUUCAUCCACUGGUGCAGUGCCAGAGCCAGAUCCGCAUGUGCAAACCCCCUGGUGACCGCAUACGUCAGACUGAGAACCGAGCGACUCGCUGCAAGGUGGAACGUCUGCAGCUGCUGAUGCAGCAGAAGCGUCUGCGCCGGAAGGCCAGGCGGGACCAGCGAGGGCCCUACCAGUGGCUGCCGAACCGCAAGGCCGGGCGUAGCAACAGCAACAGCAGCAUGUCCAGCGAGGGCUCCCUGGAUCUGGACUUUGACGACUCGGUCUGGAAGCCCGACGUCAAAGCCGACUUAAAGUCCGAGUACGUGAUGGCCUGAACCUUUUCCACCCCCAUUCUUCGUGAAGAUUCGUAGAAUUUGUGAAGCGUUUCUUGGGAUUAAUGUGGAAUUAUAUUAUGAAGGCUGUGUCUUGGCAGGAGGUGAGGGGAGAGGAAAAGUUGUCCUUGUGACUGUUAUCUGCCACAUGGGAGAAACAACCCCUUCCCUGUCCCCCCCCUGCAGACGCUAAUCCCAUUCUGUCCUUCACAGCUGACCUUGUGAAAAGCAGCAACAAUAGCAAAGGAACUUCAGUGUGAUGCUUGGACUUUACAGGCAAAACAACUGGACUUUACAGUGUACAAGACUUUUAUUUUUGAGGUGUGAUAUCACAGAUCAUAUCUCCACUUGAGCAAAGCAGAAUUUAGUGAGUGGUGGUGGUAUUUUCAGACAUUUUUUUUUUUCCCUACAUUUUUUUUAAGUGCACUCUGGGCAGAAAUGAAGAGAUCCACACUGGACUUAUGAACAAAACAGGAGCACCAGAGACUGUGGAAAUAUUCCGAUGGGCAUUCUUAUUGUUCUCAAAACCAAUCAAUCGGAGUCCAGUUUUGUUUUCCUCUGUUACGGAGUGGUUAAACUUUUUUCUUUUUCUUUUUUCCACUUUUAAGCAUAUUAUAUUUUAUAAACAAAAAAAAACAACAAUAUGUAGCAUUGUUCACAAAGCAUUCAGGUUUUCAUAUAACAGUUCAAAGUACUUGUUUAUUUGCACAUGAUGUUGAUUUAUAACAGCUGGUCAAUAUGUGCAAGGGGGAGGAGGUGGUGUUGGGGCCUGAAAUAGAAUAAUAAUAAUAAUAAUAAUAAUUUAAAAAAAAAAAAGAAAAUGACUAUUGAAGUAUUGAUGUUGACCUCAGUGACAAAGGGUAUCGAUAGGAACGAUUAAUAAAUGAACAAAAUGAAUUAAUAUUACAAAGUGCUUUAGAGGAUUUUAAAAUCUUUAAAGAAAAAAUAUAUGAUAGAAAACUCUAUUUUUGUUUCUCUUCCUAUCUGCUGUUUUCUAAAAACAGCAGCCCUCUGCGUUGUUGACUGAUCAAGUUGUUGACUGUCAGCAAAUAUGUGCAUCCAUUCAACCAUUUGUUUGCCCAUUUGUGGAAUUAUCUCGUCUCGCCACAGCAAACCAUACAGAGCGAUCCCCAUCAUCCAGCCCCAGGUUGACGUCUUGCAGACCUGAAUUGACUUAUCCGAGGGAGUUUGUGUACAUAACUGUGAUGAUUUACAAAUGUUUAUGAGGGUGUGUGUGUAUGUUUGGCUUCUAUUUUUAUUAUUAUUAUUAUUAUUAUUUUUUUAGAAUAUUCCAUUGUUUUGUUGUCACCUCCUGAGUAAAUCCUACGAUCUCCUCACGCCGUGUCAAUCAGCCGCAGCGGAGGCGUGGGUUGACCGAAGCGGCUCUCUUAAAGUUUGAGGCCCUUUAUCACUAGUUUUAUCAAAAGAGGGAGGAGCAGCGGCGUCAUUUUUUUCUGGCAUCAUUAUCUAGUGCCUGGACCAGUACACCCAUUGUCAUAUCAGGUUAGGCCUUUCACAGCUUUGCUGCUACACAUGGGAGUUUAAAACGACACAAAAGAGGGAAAAAAAAGAAAAUCAAAGCUACAGGGGGAAAAAGGUGACAUUUCUUUGCAUGCAAAGGUGUGAAAUUACAAAGAUCCUUUUUUAUAUAUAUUGAUGGAAGAGAAAAUACAAAGCGGUGCUUUGGUAAUGAAGGUUAACAACAUGCAUGAAUUUGUGGAGAAAAAAAAAAAGAAACAAUGCUGCUUUUGUUGGUUAGGUUUUUGUAACCUAACGUUUUAAUGUUUGUUUAAAGAAAAAAAAAAAAGUGUCCUGCUAAAGAGUGACAAUGCAAAACCAAAACAGAUGAAGAUGAACUCGUGUUGUGGCUCGGCCUCGAACAUUCCUGUUAUGUUAUGAUGAAGAUGAUGAUGAGCAAAAGAGCAAAUGACUCUCUUCCUCUCUCUCUCUCAACGCCCCAAGCACUGUUUUUUUUUUUUUCUUUUUGUUACCCAGACAGCCGACAAAAACUGUUUAGCCAAGCCUCCUCCUCCUCCUCCCAGCCCGAUCGCCAACACAGGCUCGCGUGGAGACCGCGGGGAACCAGCAGACCGGUGGAUUUAAAAGAACUGUCUGUCAAAAUCCACCCGAGAGAAGCAUCGUUUAUCAGCCUGUCUGACUGACCGCCCUACACCACUAUUGCACUCCGAGAGAUUGCAGUGAGAGAUUACCUUUUUUGGGUAAACCUCAUAGUUUUUGUUUGUUUUUGUUUUAUUUUUAUUUUUUAAGUGGCCUUACCUUUCACUAAAAAAAAAGAAGAAAAAAAAAGACAUUUGGGGACAAUGGGAAUGUUUUUUCUUUUCUUUCUUGUUGUUUGUUUUUUUUUUUUUUUUAAACUUUCUGUGGAUAUCGUCGUUGGACUUUUCAUCAAGGCACCAUUUUGUUGUCACUGAGGACACUGGGCAUUUGUUGUUUAGUGCUUUUAGCUGGUGGAGUCUCUAUUAUGUCAAGGCUUCUGUGCCUUAAAAAUUGCCCUUGCAGUGUCAGUGUCGAUUGAAGCUCGUUUUCAUUGGUUAAUAUGUGACUGUAGUAUUCGCAGCCAUGACGGUCAUAGAUUUUAGGGGUGAAUCCUGUUUGAGCGAAGCCAGUACUAUUCAGUGGUGGGUGUUAUUCCUCAAACAAGGGCUUUGUCCCGUUUCUUUAUUGUGUUGCCAUGUUUGUUGCUCUGUUAUUUGAACCUCAUGUCCCUCCGAGCAGUACUUAGACGGAAAGAAGCAGUCCUGACUCAGAAUGAGAAAGGUCCUGUAAGGACUCCAGACUACAUGCACUUCCUGUUUCCAUGGAUAUGACAAUUAUUAAAAGACAAAUGAACCCCGAGCCCCUCCCAAAUUUUAUUUAUUCUGAUUUUUUUUUUUUUUCUUUCUUUUUUACGUAUAUGUAUGAAAUAUACUCUGUGUGUGCCUCACUUCUGUGUGAAACUCAAAAAGAAGAAACAAAACAAACAAAAAAAUGAUGACAAAAAGCAUUACAGAGAGGAUAAAUAAGAGACAGUACGUUGGUGGAAAUCCUGAUCAUUUAAGUUGCCUGUUCUUUCUUGUAGCCAACUAUUGAAAAUAACAGGUUUCAAGAAUACAAUUUACAAUGUUCUAGCUCUAGACCGGUGUAGCACAUGUGUGACUGUAUUAAUUUAUGAAACCAAAAUGGUAACUGUGAAUUAUGUAUUUCUUUGUGCAUUUUUAAGAAAAACAAACAAAACAAAAAAUCGGUGGGGGAGAAGGUUGUCGGGGCACGGGCCGCAGCUCACGCUCGUGUCGGAAAACAAGCUUUUCUUUUUGUUUCUUUUGGUGGAUUAUGACGGAAACCGAGACUUGUUUCGGAAAAGUAAAAAAAAAACAAAAAAAACGCAAAAAAAGAGAAAAAAGGGUUUAAAAACAAAAAAGACAUGAAUAUAUUUUUUUUUUCUUAAGCAAUACAUUUCAGUGUGACUUGUGAUAGAACAUUUUCUUUUUUUAGGUAAUAAAUAAAUAAAAAGCAAAAUGAGAA